GUACGUUAAAGAGUCCCAUUGCUAGAUUACACAUGUUCGAUAUACGAUGAAAAGCCAGCUACCAUCGACAAACCUCUUCGGCAUCGAUUGAUCACUACGGAUGCGUUGUCCUAGCAACUUUCAGGACCAUGGGGCGAUGGAUGGAUGAGUGUACAGAGCCUAUCCAUCCAUCCAUCCGUCCAUCCAUGUAGUCAUCCACAGAUACGAAUACCAUCAGCAUCCGUCAUGCGAUUACUAGCAACACACUUCUCACUAGAAGCCAUAUAUUAUCGUCCUGAUGAGCGACAUUCAGAUUGACCCUAGAACCUUGAAUGUUAUAUGUCCAAUGCUCGAAUUGAACCAAUUUAACUGAGAUGUUUUUCUUUUUUCACUUUCCACAGACCACCAAGAGAAGAAAUAACGGACGUAACAAGCACGGCCGUGGCCACGUCAAGCCCGUUCGCUGUCUCAACUGCGCUCGCUGCGUCCCUAAGGACAAGGCCAUUAAGCGCUUCACCGUCCGCAACAUGGUCGAAGCUGCUGCUGUUCGCGAUCUUGAGGAUGCCUCCGUCUAUGAGGUCUAUGCCAUCCCCAAGUUGUACAUCAAGCUUCACUACUGUGUCUCUUGCGCUAUCCACUCCAAGGUUGUCCGUGUUCGCUCCCGUGUCGGUCGUCGCAACCGCGCCCCUCCCCCGAGAUUCAGAUUCAGCAAGGUAAGCAACUACACCCAUACUUGAACAGAUGCUGGUGAACGAUAUUGAAUUGUAUUUUUGUAGGAUGGUAAGAAGGUCCAACCCAAGGCUUAAGAUCUGACUUUUGUCAAACUGGCUAUUGACUAGAACGCGCGCCCCAAGAUGUAGUCAUCUUGUAACGCUGCUGCCUUGUCAAUAUUCCAUACAAAACGAACUAUAUACAAUAAAAAAGCAUUUUCGAAAAUUGUAUUCAUUGGUGGUAUGAAAU